AUGAAGCGACAUACACGUGUUCCCACGUCGAGACGUGGUGCAAGACGGCCACGCAAAAGGGCGUUGGAAACUCUAGUGACGGAGUCGCCAGAGAGGUCUGCUGGGAUCGAGCCUGACGGUCAGGGACAGACUCCUCAUGGUACUGCGGGUGCGUCGGCCUCUCAGAUUCAGACGGUUCCUUCUCUAGAGGUACCCACCUUGACCGUACCCAUUGGACCCACCCCUACAGUAUUUACUGUACCACCUACGGUGUACCCGGCCUCUUCACCAGCAGUACCACCUGUGGCAUACCCGGCCCAUCCACCAACAGUGCUUGCUACUGCAUACCCAACACCCACACCAACAGUACCAGUUGCUCCUUAUCCGGUACCACCACCUACCAUAUCUCCAGUUGCUCCUACCUAUAUUUUACCUGCAGUGCCACCAGCGGUACCUACCCCGUUUUAUGCAGUAGCACCAGGGGUACCUUCCCCCGCCUAUACAGUGGUACCACCCUUAGUAUCAACUCCAGUGAUUCCAUCAGUUCCCGUGGCGAUUCCUACUCACCCUACUGAUAUGAUUGCGACACGAGCUCAGAUCCCAGCUUUGGCAGAGUCAGUGAAAAGCUGA